AAAAUGGAGUGUGAAUGAUACGACGACGUGUCGUUGAUGAAAGACGCAUCUUAACAUAUACACUCCCUCUACUCGUUUCUUGAUUUCUCUCUUCUUUCAAUUUCCUGCUUUCAACUCUCAAUCAAUCGAUAAUAUUCUCAUCACUUGGAUUCAAGAUCAGAUUUUUCCAUCUGGGUUUCAAUCAAGAUUGAUUCUUGCGCAUUCAGAAAUCCAAAAAACUGUUGAUUUGAAAUCAUUUGAUUACAAAUUAAUCAUCUUUAAUUAAUCUGGGGUUUUGAAGAUAGAAACAGAGAUAAAGAUUAAUCAAUUCAUGGGUUGUUUUUCUUGUUUUGAUUCGAGGGUAGAAGAAAAAAAGAUUCCUCAAAAAGUUGGGGCUGAUCAACCUCAACUCCACUCACCUGCUUCUUCCAAUAUCUCCAGAUUACCUUCUGGUGUGGAUAGAUUGAAGAACAAAAAUAAUGUGAGUUUGAGGAGGGAAUCGUCGGGCCCGAAAGAUGGCCCGUAUAGUCAAAUUCCUGCACAUACUUUCACAUUCCGUGAGCUUGCGGCUGCAACGCGUAAUUUUAGCCCCGAUUGCUUUUUAGGGGAGGGUGGGUUUGGAUCUGUGUAUAGAGGGCGUCUUCAGGGCAGCGGUCAGAUUGUAGCGGUCAAACAAUUGGACAGAAACGGACUCCAGGGUAACCGUGAAUUCCUUGUGGAAGUUCUUAUGCUCAGUCUUUUACAUCAUCCCAAUUUAGUGAACUUAAUCGGGUACUGUGCGGACGGUGACCAAAGACUUCUUGUUUAUGAAUUCAUGCCAUUGGGAUCAUUAGAAGAUCAUCUUCUAGAUCUUCCGCCAGAUAGAGAAGCGUUAGAUUGGAACACGAGAAUGAAGAUAGCGGCAGGUGCAGCGAAAGGUUUGGAGUUUCUGCACGACAAGGCUAACCCUCCGGUUAUUUAUCGGGAUUUCAAAUCGUCAAACAUUUUGCUUGGUGAGGGGUUUCAGCCGAAGCUUUCUGACUUUGGGCUGGCUAAGUUGGGCCCCACUGGAGAUAAGUCUCAUGUAUCCACACGGGUCAUGGGAACAUAUGGUUAUUGUGCUCCUGAAUAUGCUAUGACCGGUCAACUCACGGUUAAGUCCGAUGUAUACAGUUUUGGAGUGGUGUUUUUAGAACUUAUUACGGGUCGAAAAGCCAUUGACAGUGCUGCACCACAAGGACAACAGAAUCUGGUCACUUGGGCCCGACCCUUAUUCAACGAUAGAAGGAAGUUCGCAACGUUAGUGGACCCCAGGCUCGAAGGUCGUUAUCCAAUGAGGGGUCUCUACCAGGCUCUAGCCGUUGCAUCGAUGUGCAUUCAAGAACAGGCUGCGGCUCGACCUCUAAUUGGAGACGUGGUGACGGCCUUAUCUUAUCUCGCGAACCACACCUAUGACCCUAGCGAGAGGAAUGGUAGAGUUUCGAAGAAUGAAGAAGGUGGCGGGUCGGGUCGUAGCAGAUGGGGGGAUCUAGAAGGUUCGGAUAAAGGAGAUUCGCCUCGAGAAACACAACCUCCAAAAAUAGUGAACCGAGAUCUUGAUCGAGAACGAGCUGUUGCCGAGGCUAAAAUGUGGGUGGAAAAAAGACGACAAAGUGCACAAGGAAGUUUUGACGGGAAUCAUAACGGUUAGGAGACGAGUAUUGGUGAGUUGUUGUACGUUGUUUUUUGGUCAGUUUUUCGUCGUUUUCCCAAUACUAGAUUUAGGCAAAAGAGGCGUUUGUCUAUGUAUGUAUGUAUGUAUACUAAAUGAAGAGAAUGGGAAAACUUUAAACAUGUUUUAUGGUAAAUUUUGGUUUGUUUUUCUGUAACAUAUUGGCUGAUGAUACA